CUUUGGCGUGAGGAUAUUAUUAAUAGUACCCUCAUCUCCCAGCUCUCUACACCCUUUUUCCUUCUCAUCAUUUUCUAUUUAUAAUUUUACAAAACCUAAAUAAAUUUCAAAUGAAGUUCCUCACCUUUUCAUUAUUUUUUUCUCUUAUUACUACUACUCUUCCUCCUUCUUACCUAUACCUCUAUUCCCUCUCUUUUCUCUUCCUCCUUUCUCUUAACAACUUUUUCCCAAUCAUGAUUACCUUUUGUAGAAAAAGUGUCCACUCUUUUUUAGGCCUAACCACUAGUCCACCUCCUCACGAUCACCAUGAUCAUCAUGAGAUUUGUGAUGAUGAUAACACUAAUCAUGCUACUAAUAACCUCAUUGUUUCUCCAUUCACGACACCUUCCCAAACACCCGGAGGUUUAGGUACUCUAGUCACUGCCGCAGAUGAUGAUGACACCAUACGACGUCGUCAAACUAACGUUUUGGAGUCCACAGCUACUAAUUCCUUUAAAGCUUCGUCAUCUUCGCACGGCCGUGGGAUCGGCUUCAUCGACGAUAUCGGCGGCGGCGUUAACGGACUGAUGUCGUGCACAGAGAGCCUUGGCUUCGAAAGUUCCGAUGAACGGAGGGUGGAAGAGGAUGAUCACGUCAUGGACAACGUCGACGAGGAGUUGACUUUGACCUCCAGGCCGUGGUCAACGUCGACAAAAGCGAAAUGCCGUGGGAGGAGGAGUGGUAGGGUUCGUCAUCUUCAUCAACCCCAUGAAGUGAAGAAGUAUCCGCCGCCUCUUUCUUCGUUGAACCAGAAUGGACAGCCUAGUUUUUAUCUACGGGCGGUGAGGAAGGACGGGAGGUUGGAGCUCACUGAGGUUAGGAUUCAUCGGCCGGAGAUUCUCCGGGCCUAUCGUGAAGAUGGACGGUUGAGAUUACAAUUCAUAAAAGAAGAAGAUGAUGAUGAUGAGGAAGAUGAAGAAGAGGAGGAAGAGUGUAUUGAUCAAAAAGAAGAAGAAAAAGAGAAAGAGGUUGUUCCGGAAGAGGUUAUUUCAGAAUUGAAAGAAGAAGAAGAAGGCGGUGACGAUGAUCGGGAAAUGAAGGUUCCGGUGAGUGGUGGAGAAGGAUUACGGCGAUGUCACGACGAGGUAGUAAACAACCACAACCACCACCAAUAUCAUCAACACCAACACCAACACCACUUGCACGUGUGGAGACAGACGCAUUGUGUGACGACCAGGUGAAGUCACGUGUGGAGGGAAUUAGUCUGAGUUGGCACGUACUUAGAGAAAGAGACAGCUAUUUCAUUUUUCAUGAUCAAAGAAAGACAGAAUUUUUUCUCUUUUUUCUUUUUUUUGAAGGGAAGAAAGAGAGAAUAAUAUUAAGUAAUUUUUAAUGAUGAAUAUCAGAGUACAAAAGACAAGUACAUAAUGAUGAGUUGUGGUUUGGAUCUACAUAUAUAAAAAUUCAUGUUAUGUGUCACAA